GCCAGUAGCUGAUACAAUGAGAGCUUUUCAGAGACAUGCUCUGAUUCUCCUGGCUUUCCAAGUGAUGGCAUCUGCACUGGAAGACUCUCCCGAGAAAACAAAUGGAUUUCUACUCUUCUUGAGGCAACACUUUAUUCCUGACUAUGUUCCCCUGGAAGAUGUGGACUGUAACCACCUAAUGAGUGGUAGUAUCCUUACCACCGGGAAAUGCAAGAAAGCAAAUACCUACAUUGUGUCCUUCCCGGAUCUUCUCCAGGCUGUUUGCAAUUCCAAAGGAAAGCCCUACAACAACCUCCGGAAAAGCCUGGACCGCUUCGACCUCAUUACCUGCACAUUGGAAGAAGACAUAGCCGAAGAGCUCUGUAACUACAAGCUGCGUCGCUUCUCUGACUCCAUCGUUGUCGGCUGUGAUAGAUACGGGUAUCCUGUUCAUCUUGAAGAAAGUUAUUUUCAAACAGCGAUGGAAAAGGAGGCCAAAGCCAGCAGGACUUGGUACAACUAUUUUUUGUAGUGUUGGACUAAUUUUUUUUUUAAAUGGCUUGGGUUUUUUUCCAGUUCUGACCAGGCUUCUUGAUACAACGUCAGUACAUUCAAAUGGAAAAAAAGAAAGAAAUGCAGAAUAAAGGCAAAGUAGCCGUGUUGGAAAAGGAGAAACGAGGAUUGAAAAGAUCAUUUGCACUUUGAAAUGUCAGUAAAAUGACUUGGUAUCCC